AUGAUAGCCACGAUCCACAAACCCACCGAAGUUAUGUCCUCCCACGAGGGUCAAGUAGACAUGUCACACAUGGUUGAAAGUGCACGUGGCUAUAUACCGUGUCACUACAUUGGUUUUGCAGACACGUUUUGCGUCGACGGCAACCAAUGCAAUCUACCGAGUGGUAUGAUGGCCGCCGCUGCGUGGGAUAGUCUUGACCGGUUGGACGGCGGCCACACUAUGGUGGCCAAACGGAGUAGUCUGGACCGGUUGAACGGUGGCCACACCAUGUCAGCCAAACGGAGUCUGGACCGGUUGAAUGGCGGCCACGUCAUGGUGGCCAGACGUAGCAGCCUGGACCGGUUGAACGGCGGCCACGUCAUGGUGUCCAGACGUGACAGCCUAGACCGGUUGAACGGCGGCCACGUCAUGGUGUCCAGACGUGACAGCCUAGACCGGUUGAACGGCGGCCACGUCAUGGUGGCCAAACGUAGCCAACCCGAACUGUUCAACGAUGGUCUCACCGUGGUCACAGGAGGUCCGUUACCCGACCGUGGACAGCUGCAGUCGGUUCCUCAGCAACUACAACAGCAGCCCCCCAAGUAUCCUCGGACACUAACCCGGUGGUCUGAAGCCGACGUGCAGUCCUUCAACGACAACGACCGCGACGACUAUUACCCGAAAGACGGCGAUGACUACUACUCGAAAGACGACAGCGACUACUACAUGAAAGAUUACGGUGGUGAUGAUUGUCAGGGCUGUGGUUCGUCGGCAAAGGCUGCGUCCUUUUAA